AUGAGGUGGGCCGCCCAGCUACUCCUCGGCGCCAGCCUUGCCGCGGCCUUGCCUCAUCUCGACAGCCCGCGACAGCGGCUGCUCAACGGCCUCGAAUUGCCCGACAAGUACCUGACACACAACAAGGCCGGCAGCCAGCCUUACACGCCCGGUCACCGCGAUCCGUACGACGGCAAGGUCGAUGCCGUCGGUCGCCGGCUCGACCCGAGGCCCUGGCGCAACGGCCAAGGGGCAUCCGUCCUGGGGCCCUACAACCGCGAUCGCUCCCGCCAGUCUCCCGACAUGGUGCGGCCGCCGUCGACGGACCACGGCACCAUGCAAAACAUGCGCUGGAGCUUUGCCGACUCGCACACGCGCAUCGAGCAAGGCGGCUGGACCCGUCAAACGACGAUUCGCGAGCUUCCCUCGAGCGUCGAGCUCGCCGGCGUCAACAUGCGGCUCGGUGCUGGCGUCAUCCGCGAGCUGCACUGGCACAAGGAAGCCGAGUGGGCCUACGUCCUCGAGGGCGAGGUCCGCGUCACCGCCCUCGACUACGACGGCGGCAACUUCAUCGACGACCUCAAGAAGGGCGACCUCUGGUACUUUCCCAGCGGCGUCCCCCACUCCCUGCAGGGCUUGGGCGACAACGGCACCGAGUUUCUGCUUAUCUUUGACGACGGCCGCUUCUCCGAGGAGUCCACCUUUAUUCUGACGGAUUGGCUGGGUAAGGCGUGCCACCACCGAUCCCCCUUUGCCUGCGCCGUUGUUGUUGCCCUCCAAGCUCACCUUUUCGUUUCCCCUCCAGCCCACACGCCCAAGUCGGUCAUUGCCGAAAACUUUCACCUCGCACCCGAGCUGUUCGAGCACCUGCCGGCGGGUGAAAAGUACAUCUUCCAGGGCUCUCGGCCGGGUUCCAUUGACGAGGAGCGCCCAAGGGGUAAGCAUGUGAAAAAGAGCGAGUACCGCUUCACCCACAAGAUGCUUGAUCAAGAGCCCAAGAGGACGACGGGCGGCCAGGUGCGCAUCACCGACUCCAACAACUUCCCCGUCUCCAAGACGGUCGCCGCCGCCCACGCCAUCAUCGAGCCAGGCGCGCUGCGGGAGAUGCACUGGCACCCUCUCGCCGACGAGUGGUCCUUUUUCAUCCGCGGCCGCGCCCGCGUCACCAUUUUUGCCGCCGAGGGCACGGCGAGGACGUUUGACUACGUGGCCGGCGACGUCGGCAUCGUGCCCAAGAACAUGGGUCACUUUGUCGAGAACAUUGGCGACGAGCCUGUCGAGAUGCUCGAGAUUUUCCGCGCCGACCAGUUCCGCGACUUUUCGCUCUUCCAGUGGAUGGGCGAGACCCCACGUCGGCUCGUCGUGGAUCAUCUCUUUGCCGACGAUAAAAGAGCGGGCGACCAAUUCUUGGAAAGCAUCAAGGACGCGGGAAAGGACGAAAUUACCAAACCCUAG